GAGAAGAAAGAGAGAACCGAAGGAGAAGAAGGAGAAAUAGGAAAGAGGGGUUAGGGUUUGAAGAGGAGACCCAAAGUGUUGCUCUAAAGUGUCAUUUUCUCCAAUUUUUCCAUUGAAACUUCUUAGAGCUGCACUCAAUCCAAGUGACGCUAUGGCUGGGAGGAAUGAUGCUGCGAUAGCUGCUGCUUUGGAAGCGAUGGCUCAGGCUAUGCAGAACCAACCGAAUGCUGACGAGAAUGCUGGAUCUCGUAGUUUGGCGACUUUCCAAAGGGAGAAUCCGCCGGUUUUCAAGGGUACGCAUGACCCUGAUGGUGCUCUUGAUUGGUUGAAGGAGCUCGAGCGAAUCUUCCGUGUUAUGGAUUGCACUCCUGCUCAGAAGGUCAGAUAUGGCACUCAUAUGCUAGCUAAGGAAGCUGAUGAUUGGUGGUUGGAGACGCUUGCUAGGUUGGAGUUUUCAGGUGAGGAAGUCACUUGGAAUGUGUUCCGUAGGGAAUUUUUGAGGAAGUACUAUCCUGAAGAUGUUCGGGGUAAGAAAGAGAUAGAAUUCCUAGAGUUGACGCAAGGGAACAAGUCCGUGACCGAGUAUGCUGCCAAGUUCACUGAGUUGAUUAAGUUCUAUCCUCACUUUGAUGGCGAAGGUGCUGAAUUCUCUAAGUGCAUCAAGUUUCAGAAUGGGUUACGCUCGGAUAUCAAGAAGGCUGUUGGGUACCAAAAGAUCCGUUUGUUUUCUGAUUUGGUUGACAGUUGUAGGAUCUUUGAGGAAGAUAGUAAUGCUCAUCACAAGAUGGUUAGUGAUAGAAGGGGCAAGAAUCAACAAAGUCGUGGGAAACCGUAUGAUGCCGGUAAAGGGAAACAAAGAGUUAUUCAUGGUCAGAGGUCUAGUGGGAGAGAUGCUCCUGCUAGGAUUGUAUGCUUCAAGUGUGGUCAACCUGGUCAUAAGAGCAAUGCUUGUACUGCUGAUGCGAGGAAGUGUUUUAGAUGUGGUAAGAUGGGACAUGCAAUGUCUGAUUGCAAGCAUAAGGACAUGGUAUGUUUCACGUGUGGCGAAGAGGGACACAUUGGUAGCCAGUGUCCAAAGAAGAAGGCACAAUCCGGUGGAAAGGUGUUUGCUUUAGCUGGGACUCCUACAACUAGUGGAGACCGACUCAUCAGAGGUACAUGUUUCAUUAAUAGUACUCCUUUAAUCACUAUUAUUGAUACUGGUGCUACUCAUUGUUUUAUUGCUUCUGAUUGUGUUGAAAGAUUGGGUCUUAUGUUGUCUUCCAUGAAUGGAGAGAUGGUUGUCGAUCUUCCAGCUAAGGGAUCGGUGACUACUUCUCUGAUGUGUUCAAAGUGUCCUUUGUCGAUCUUUGACAAAGACUUUGUUGUUGACUUGAUUUGUUUGCCGUUGAGUGGAUUAGAUGUGAUCUUGGGUAUAAAUUGGUUAGAGUAUAACUAUGUUCAUAUCAACUGUUUUAACAAGUCCUUGAGGUUUUCUUCUCCCGAGGAAGAAGGAGUUGGUUUGUUGACUGGUAAGCAGUUGAGGCAAUUGAUGCAAGACGAAGCACAAAUGUUCUCGUUGAUGGCGUCAUUGUCUUUUGAGAAUCAAGUUAGAAUAGACGAGUUAAAGGUGGUGCGAGAAUUUCCUGAUGUGUUUCCUGAUGAAAUUCCUGAUGUACCUCCAGAAAGAGAAGUUGAGUUUGCGAUUGAUCUUGUACCUGGUACCAGACCUGUUUCUAUGGCACCGUACAGGAUGUCUGCAACUGAGUUAUCUGAACUGAAGAAGCAAUUAGAAGAUUUG